AUGGUCGACCAACAAAUUGAUGAUUUCAUCGACUCUGUUGUUGAUGUUCAAGCCAACGAGCCGAAGAGACGAGUCUAUAUCGAAAGAGAUCGGGAACAAGGACACAGACAACUAUGGCACGACUAUUUCAGUGAAAAUCCUACAUACCCACCCGAAAUGUUUAGGCGGCGUUUUCGAAUGAACAAGCCUUUGUUCCUUCGCAUUGUCGAUCGCCUAAGUAAUGAAGUUCCAUACUUUCAGCAACGAAGAAAUGGUCACGGAAGGUACGGGCUAUCUGCACUUCAAAAAUCUACUUCAGCUAUACGAAUGUUGGCAUAUGGUAAAGCGGGAGAUUCGUAUGACGAAUAUCUCCGACUUGCGGCAAGUACUGCACUUUUAUGUUUGGAUAAUUUCACGGAAGCGAUAAUACAAUUAUUUGGAGAUGAGUAUCUAAGAAGACAUACACCGGAUGAUCUUCGACGAUUACUCGACACUGGAGAGGCACGCGGGUUUCCGGGGAUGAUAGGCAGCAUCGACUGUAUGCAUUGGGAGUGGAAAAACUGCCCAACCGCUUGGAGAGGGCAGUACACACGUGGUUCAGGAAAGCCGACAAUUGUCUUAGAGGUUGUGGCAUCACAUGAUCUUUAG